AGUGGUGGAGAAUGUUGAACUGAAGAGAAGAUGGAGCUUGUACAAUGAUAGGGCAAGCUCUAGAAGAUGUCCAGAAGAGUUCAAUCAAGCUUCAGAAGUGUUCUGAAGUAGUUAUCUUGUGAAGAUAAGUCCAGGAGGGACUUAGACUGAUCAGAAGAAGGAGGAAGAGUAUUGGGCAUAAAUAGGGCGAGUGGUACGGACAGGAGAUCCGUACCAUCGACCGUACGACCACACCUCUCGACCACACAUCCGGGAAACUCACCAGAAGCUGUGCAAACUUAGGGCGUUGGUUUCCAAGAGCAAUCAGACGACCUUAUCUUCUUUGUGACUGUUGGAAAGCAAGGGAAAGGAGAGAGGGCGUGGUCCAAGGACAGCCUGUCAUGAGAUGUAAAGGGAAAGCAAGUUGGACCAUGAAUCUAGACACAUAUGUGAGUAAAGGUUCAUGGGAGCCUUAGCAUAACCAAUCAGGCAGCAGCUCCUCUCCACCAAUCAGCUACCAUCUCGUGCUCCCUUUGACCAGAAACAAGACUACAUCCAAGCCAUCCAUUUCUCAAGUCAUUUCUAUCCAUUAGAUUAAGGGUUUAUGAUUGCAAAGUGUAAAAGCCUAUAUAAGGCAUUGUUGUGAACGUUUUGUAACUCCUAAGGGAGUAAGGGGGAUUUCCCCUCUCCACUUCAUAAAUGAUAAACUUGUUCUUGAAUCUCAAACCCUAAUCUCUAAUCUCUUAUUCUCCUAAUCUCUCAGUCUCUUAAUCUUUGUUCCUAAGUCUCUUAUUCUCUCAUAAACACUCUCAUCAAUCUCUCUUCAUAAAUCACCUAGAACAAGCUCUCAUCUUUCUCCAUUGGAGUAUUCACGCACACAUACAACAAGAGAAGAGAACUCUACAAAUCUCAUAUGGUAUCAGAGCCAGGUUCAUCAGAACCUGAGCUGAAGCUUCCGCAAGUCCACAGCUCACGCCUCAGCUCAAAACCAAACCAUUGAUGCUUUCCCAUCCAGUUCAGUCCCUUAUGAAGAAGAAGGCUGAAGCUUGGCGAGUUCCCUUGGUUCCUCAUCCUGUUCUCUACCUGCUCAGAUGGAGAUUAUCCUUGGAGGCAAAGGUGUAUGGAGAGGCCUAACUAACCUGACUCCAAAGCUCCUUGUCCAAGAGAAGUUCCACAUCAGGCUAAAAGAGUAUGGUGCCAAGAGCUUGGCGCCUAGAUGUUCUGAAGAAAGGAGGGGUCUUUUGAGUUGAUGGUACAAGAUGGUGGCCAUGAACUGAAGGAGAAGGAGGUGGGUGAUGAUCUAGACUCUCAGUUCCAACAACAGUCAUGGCCGGUUUCACAAAAUGCAAAAGGAAUCAACCUGGUUCCUUGUUGUUCACAAGAAGUGUUCUCUGCUCACCUCCUAUCCAAGACAAGAGGAAGACUUGAACCAUUGUGUGGAGCAAUGGGAAGAUACUUGUGUGUAGAAGCUGGUUUAAGAAGCGCAGGCCACGAGGUUGUUGAGCUCCUGGUUCAAGACAUACAAGCGGAAGACCAACCAUUGUGUGGAGCAAUGGGAAGGUUCUUGUGUGUAGAAGCCGGUUUAAGAAGCGCAGGCCACGAGGUUGUUGAGCUCCUGGUUCAAGACACACAAGAAGAAGAAGGUCACCACCUAAGCCAUGAGGAAGGCCGGUGAUCUGAGGGUACUUGAAGCUAAAGGCAAAAGGGUGGAUCAGUGAUUUAAGCGCAGCUGUUAGGGUGAUGUGCUCCUGGUCUUGAAGUUCAUUGAGGCUCAUUUCAAGCUUGGAUCUCACCUAUUCUCGGUCUCAAGCUUGCGGUGCUAAAUAUUCAAAUGAGCAACCUGAAGAGCUAAAGUUCAAGACCUGUUUCCUCCUUAUCAUUACAAUAGAAUGAUAAAAUGAAGCCUGUUGCCAACAUUCUGUGGGAAGUCCACAGCCUGCUCCAAAGAGGGUAGAGAGGAUGUUGUGACAAUGGAGAGAUGACUUGUUGUUCUGUCCAUGGUGGUUCAGUCACCAUAGCCUACACAUCAGAUGAGUGUAGAGAGGACAGUUGACAUACAAAGAAGAGCAUCACCAGGAGGGUGAGGCAAUUUAAACCAAGACCAUCUGGUCACGCAUGGUAAAGACAGCUCUAGGAGGGAGAGGCUUAUGGAGCCAUUGCCUCACGGAUGCUCCAAAGCUCUCCAAGGCUGCCGGUUCAAAUGAAAGCUCAGCAGAUGGUGAAUCCGGUUCCAAAUCCGUAUCUGAGGAGAAGUGGGAACAAGAAGACCUCAAGGUCUUAUCCAUUCUCCAUAGCUCAAUGUCUCCAUCCAUCCUUGAAGCAUACUCAUACUGUGAGAGUGCUAAAGACCUUUGGAGUACACUUAACAAGAUAUAUGGGUACAUCUCCAACCUCUGUCGAGUAUUUGAGAUCAAGAAGUUCAUCAACAUCCUAUCCCAAGAAGAUGAGGAGUUCACUGUGCAUCUAGGCAAGUUCAGAGCCCUUUGGUCUGAGCUAGAGAUGCUUAGACCCCAAUCUGUUGAUCCGGAGGUGUUGAUUGAAAGAAGGGAGCAAGACAAGGUGUUUUGCCUAUUACUCGCCAAGAGGGAUAGGAACAAUCGGUGUGAACAUUGCAAGAGGGAUGGGCACACCAAGGAGAGGUGUUGGAUAUUGAAUCCAAGCCUCAAACCUGCCAAGUUCAAGUGAACCGUGCCCAUGGAGGUUCAAGAGAUCAGCUCGGAUCUCUUGUUUGUAAGCAAACCUCCUAACCCUUA